AUGGCGGCGGCGGCGGCGCUGGAGCCCUGGCGGGCCGCCGCUCCGCGGAGAAGGCGCUCAGCGGCUCGGCGUCCGCGGACGAGGCCGGCGGCGGCGGCCGGAGACCCGGAGCCGGAUCCCGAGGUGGACGACGGCGUCGUGCUUCGUCGCGUCCGGGAGGCCAGGGAAGACCUUCGCGUUUCUGACUUCUGGAGCUCAGCGCUGGAAACCAUCAGCACAUGUCUUAAGAAACAUCUGGAACAGCUGGAUGCCCCUGUGGGGGCUCUUUCGGAAGCCAUUGGAAGCCUGCACCUAGACUCCUCACCAGGUGACUCGGGGGCGGCUCCGGGCUCCAUCCCGGGAGAGACCCCAGUCCCGGGGACCGGUGGCUGGAAGUGUGUGUGCUACGGCAUUGGGAGCUUUGCCACCUGCGCCAUCGCUAGAAGCCAGCUCGCCUUCUUGCUUCUCUUCCUGGAAAAGUGCCAGAUUCCCAGAAGUCACUGCUGGGUGUAUGACCCUGUGUUUAGCCAACUGGAAAUUGCAGUCCUUACCACCCUGGGGGUGACUGUCCUCGGUGAGAACGAGGAAGGAAAGCGGAGUGUGCGUGGCGAGCCCACCGUCUUCUACAUGCUGCACUGCGGGACGGCCCUGUACAACAACCUUCUGUGGAGCAACUGGUCGGCUGACGCCCUUUCCAAGGUGGUCAUCAUCGGGAACAGCUUCAGAGGCCUGGAGGAAAGGUUGUUGACAAGGAUUCUGCAGAAAAACUAUGCCUAUGUUGCAAAGGUUUUAGAAGGACUGGAGGAGCAGGCGUUUCCCCAGACGGCACAGUACUCGGACGUGUUUAAUGACACCUCUGUGCACUGGUUCCCAGUCCAGAAGCUGAAGCAGCUCCCCACGGACACGUGGGCAUCUCGGGAAGAGCCAGAUUACCGGGACUGCGAGGACCUCGAGAUCAUCAGGAACCAGGCAGGUGCCUCAGCUACCGGCCCAACUGGCUGUGGUGUAGGAAGUGCUGGCGGAGGCAGCCGCGCCGCUGGGACUCGGGGGUGGCCAUGGGGGGCUGCGGGGACUCUGUCCUCCCAGGGCCAGUUCCGGAGAGAACAGGAAGCCCUCAGCCUGGCUCUCGAGGGGAGAUGAGAUGUGCUGUGGAAGGACUUGGUGUCCCUCACAUCCCUAUCGCCCUUCCUCGGGGGCCUGGCUGGUGGGGAGAACCUACUGAAUAGAGAAGUGACUCUUUCAAAGAUGGUUCAAAAGAUUUAGUCAGACAUGUGUGCAGCUGCCCCGGCCACCGCCUACUUGGCCAUGUCGAUCAGGCUCUGCAGGGAGGUGGGCACCCAGGUCUUCUCGCCCUGGACGAACACCACCCCCCGGUCGAUGUAGAUGACGAUGCGGCCGAAGGUGUAGAGCUGCUUCCCUUCGUGUCGCUUCCCGAUGACAGGCAUGAAGACGAUGUUGUGCUCCUCGGCCUUGGUCUCAAUGAGGUCCUUAAAGUUCAUGGGCACGGAGCUGGCGGCCACGCCGAUGCCCCUCUGGGCCAUGUUCUCGGCCUCCCGCCGCUCCUGCAUGGCCUCGUACUGGAAGUCCUUCCUCCGCUCCGUGUGGGUGA